UAUUUCUAAUGUGGCAACGUUGAAAUCGCGAGUUGAUUUUCGCAAAAGCACGUCGCACUGUUUUGACUCUUUGAAAUCGUGGAAGUGUACGGCCAUUCUUUCCUUCACUCAUCACCGAUGUUAGUGCCGGUUCUUAUGUUCAUCACAAUGUGUGUGUAAGUGAAUGUUGUUUAUCUGUGUUGAUGCGUGCGUUAAUUUUUUUUAUAUCAAAUAGUACUUGAGAGACUAGGUUUUAUCGUGUGUUGUUUAUAACUCAGGUCUCUUUAUCGUUUUGUUUUGAUCCGUUUAUUCGUAUUGUGCGGUACAUGUGUGGUAGAUUUUUUAGUGGUUUUUAUAUAUUAAGUAUUUCAUUCAGUACCGGCUGGCUGUACGGAUAGAAUAAUGUUGCAGUUUGGUAAAAAACACGAUCCUUUAAGCGAGUGGUGUCGGUAUCCUCGAGGAAAAUGUACGUGUACGCGCGGUGUCGGUUACUCGCGUUUACAAGAAGUUGUAGAAGAAAGUUUUAGGGAUGUACAAUAUGAAGACCUUCCAUCUACCAGCCAAGAUCAAUCUGAGGAACUCGCCUUUUUCAAUGACAAUGAAAGUUUUCAGUUGGUUGUGGUUGAAAGAAACUUGUGUGCGAGUGAUUUGUGUCAACUUUUAGCUUUGAAAAACAGAUUGUCGAAAAGUGUGCAUUGGAGCAUCUUUGAACAGUGGAAUGACUUAGGAUUAGAAAGACUGGUAGAAGACCACGAAUACGUUUUAGCAGCAUAUAGAGAUAUGAAACGAUUUUCUUACCAUGCGAGAUUCAAAUUUAGGUUCAGAAAAGAUUUUAGAAAAUACGAAUUCUUCCAUCAUCCCCAACAAUUCUUUCCUAAUGGGAUGUUGAACAUCGAUAAUGACCCUACAGACGAACAAAAAACUGUGUCUCCGAUUCCCACACAUUUACAGGUAGAGCACAUGGUAAUUCAAGAGGGGUUGUGUCCUGUUAUAUUUUCGCAUGUUUGGAUUCGGGACGAACGCAAAAAAAAUUGGGUGAAAAUGUAUAUGACGCUUAGGGAUCAAAUGCUUUUUAUUUCGCAAAAAAUUCAAUCAUUGGCGAAAUUCAUGAGGACUCCGAAGAACCAAGCUAUAGAAUUGAUUUUGGAGGAUAGGAAAUUCAGCAGCGACGUCGAGGUAUAUGCCGAUAUACGUAAAUUUCACGCAUAUACGACACUUAACGCAAAAAAUCAGUUUCGUGCUCCCACCGAGUGGGGCAUCGUUCUACGACCUACUACGUUAUCUACCGACAAAACGGCGGAAAAUAACGACGAAGACGUCGCCGCCGCUGCCUCGACGCCCUUUCCCAUUACUUCUUCCGACCAAUUACAUUGCCUCGCCUGCGAUUCCGAGCGAGUCCGUUCUUGUUGGGUCAUAGCCAUGCGCCUGGCCAAGUACGGGAAGCAGCUCAGGGAAAACUAUAGGGCUUUUCGGAAUAAACAGGGUGAUAGUAUCAACUCUAAAGACUAUAAUAGCUACUCCGUACCUAAUGAAUCUGUCCGUUCUCGUGUUGCCAUGGAUUUCACAGGAGCAGUGGGAAGGAUAGUGGAAGAUCCACAAGAAGCGACAGCCAUAGCAGUUGCCGAAGGAUACUCUUGGAAACGUCGUUGGAGAGGGUAUACAAGGGGAUCUGCUGGUCCAAGUGGUGUUACAUCAACGGCAUUCGUGCAGUCAUUAGAUGCCGGCAUCCAUAUGACUCAGCCAUGGUUUCACAGCGGACUUCCUAGAGAUAAGGCUACAGAAUUAGUAUCUAAACAUGGUACUGUUGAUGGGGUGUUCCUAGUACGUGAUAGUCGUUCCAGUUCUGGUUCAUAUGUGAUAACCUACAAAUGCGGGGGAAAAGUUAUACACGCCCAAGUUAAUCCGAUUCUAGAUCCUCUUCGGGAUCGUGCCGUUUACUCCAUUGAUAACGGGGUGACGAAAUUCUAUGAUCUGCUUCAACUGGUAGAAUUCUAUCAAUUGAAUGCGGGUUGUCUACCAACAAGGCUGACACAUUAUGUAACAUUUACAUUACAAGAAGAUACCUAUGAUAAACAAAGAGAAUUUUCUCAAAGCAAACCUGGAAGCAGCCACUAAAAUGUAUCUGUGCGCUUUUGUUUGUCAUUUACAUAGACUUUUAUUCAAAUUGUUUAAUAUGGUGAUUUUCUAUUUACUUUAACAAAAUAGAAUUAGGAUGAUUGAUUUUGUGAAUGAUUGAUAGAUGACGAUGCAUGUAUUUAUAUGCUUAAGUCCUUUAAAGGUGCAAUAAUAAUGUUUUACAACA